AUGAGUGAACCAGGGAACACAAACUCAGUCCUACGUCAGCGGGUGGUAGACAAGGCGCAGGACACAGAGACCGAUACCGACAUUGACACCGACAAACAGGGAAUCCCACCAGCGCCCUGGACGAGAGCCCAGCCGAAAAUCAACCAUGGUUUCCCGCAGGCCGUGGCCCACCGAGGCUACAAGGCCAGCUUCCCCGAGAACACCAUGGGGGCCUUCCGCGGCGCGGUCGAGGUCGGCGCCCACGCCAUCGAGACGGACGUCCACCUGUCCAGGGACGGGGUGGUGGUGAUAGCUCAUGACAAAGAUCUCAAGCGCUGCUACGGCGUGGACAAGGCGGUCCGCGACUGCGACUGGGAGUACCUCAGCACGCUGGAGACGCUCAAGGAGCCCCGCCAGCACAUGUGCAGGCUGUCCGACGUGCUCGAGUUCCUGGCCGAGCCCGGGAACGAGUCGAUCUGGAUGCUCCUGGACAUCAAGAUUGAUGAUCCGCCUCAGGAAAUGAUCCCCAGAAUCGCGGCUACUAUUGCCUCGGUGCCGCGGGGGAAGUGGGAGCAGAGGAUUAUUCUUGGGUGCUGGCGGGCGGAACAGCUCCGGCUCUGCCACGAGCAUCUGCCAAAUUUCGCCAUCACUUACAUUACCGUCUCCCUAGUUUUAGCAAGGGAGUACAUGAAGAUCCCCAACGUAGCUAUCAACAUGCGGCAAGAGUCCCUCUUCGGCCUUGGCGGGCGGGCGUUCAGGGAGCGCUGCCAGGCCGAAGGGCGGCCCCUGUACGCGUGGACCGUCAACAAGAAGUCGUGGAUGGAGUGGUGCAUAGGCGCCAAGGUGGACUGCGUCAUCACGGACGACCCGAAGCUGUACCUCGAGGUCUGCGAGCGCCGCGCGGGGGAGGAGCAAAAGGCCGGGUCCGGGAAGACGAAGAAGAGGGUCAAGGCCGCGGUGGCCAAGCCGCGCGACCUCGUGCUCAGCGUCUUCUACACGGUCAUGAUCAAGGGGCUCAUGCGCGUCUUCCGGGCCUACGAGCGGCUUGGGUACCCUGAGCAGGUGCGGGAAGAACUGCGGCCGCUGACUUGA